AUGGCUCGUACCAAGCAAACCGCCCGGAAAUCAACAGGUGGAAAAGCUCCUCGUAAACAGUUAGCCACUAAGGCGGCCCGCAAGAGUGCUCCCGCUACGGGUGGCGUGAAGAAACCUCACCGUUACAGACCAGGCACAGUUGCACUCCGUGAAAUCCGUCGUUAUCAGAAGUCUACGGGUUACUUAUCCGCAAGUUGCCCUUUCAACGGCUUGUGCGGGAGAUCGCGCAGGAUUUCAAAACCGAUCUGCGAUUCCAAAGUUCCGCUGUACUAGCGCUCCAAGAGGCUAGCGAAGCUUACUUGGUGGGUCUGUUCGAAGAUACCAAUCUGUGCGCCAUCCACGCCAAACGCGUAACCAUCAUGCCGAAGGAUAUCCAGUUGGCUCGAAGGAUUCGUGGCGAGCGGGCUUAG